UAACACAAUCGCUCUACACUAUAUCUUAUGGUUGUAUAUUUGACCCUUAAUAGACGGCUGGGGAUAUUGUCUGAAUUGUAUGAUUGCAUUUACUUUACUAUAUCCGCUAUGUAGUGAAACCUGUCUAUGCGCGAACAGCGAAAAGGGAGAGCUUCUGAGUGAAUUUUUGGCGCAUUCUAUUGGGGGUUCACUAGAACAAACGCGCCUCUUUUGCCUAGACUACAAGAAGGUAACAAAAGAUUGGCCGUUAGGGUUGUCUGCCGCCGGCAUCGGCGAAAGAAACAACUGCGCGAGAUUCAAAAAAGCCUAACAGAGUUCAGUGAACUAGAAACAUGUGCACAGAAAGCCAAUAAUAAAAUGUUAUAGCGUGUGUUGCAAAAGUGAGACGUGAUCGUACGCAUAGCGUGGUGAACUCUUCGUGGUGUGGAUUCGAUAUUGACAGAUCUCGAAAGACCCGACAUCUCCGACGUCUCCUUGCCAACGGAGAUAUACGCUCAUUGAAGCUCGUCAUGGCAAUUCUAGAUUGGCCACAGGUCCGCCGCCUUCUGCAUCCGCACUAUGUAAUGACCGUCUUUCUAGCUACAGUGUUUUUUCCUUUGCGGUUAGUUUCGCCAGUGUGUGAGCUGUUGUUUCCCGAAAAGGGUUGUGGGUUGGAUUAUCGCGAAACAGAAAUUUUGUUCUUUCUCAUAAUCAUCAUUCUGUUUCGUACUAAAAAAAUGGGUUAUACCUCACUAGUACCCUAUAUAAGUUCAGCCUCAAUGUACGCUAAAGUAGCUAUGGUUUUGCUUUUCUUCUACAACGACCUGCGAUACGGCAUUAUCUAUACGGUAAUGUGUAUAACGCAUCUAAUGGUGCUGCCGGAACCUACCUAUACGGGACUGGAUCGCACCGUCUACUUCACCUCGCAAACACUGGAGGAAGAACUUAAGAAAGACAAGAGAAUUGUAUGGAUUGUCGAGUUCUUCGCUCUCUGGUCACCACCAUGCAUCAACUUCGCCUCAGACUUCCGCCAUCUAUCCGGCAAGUAUACGUUGGAGAAUCUUCGAUUCGGCAAGAUCGACGUCACCCGAAACCCAGAAGCAGCUGCAAAAUACCAUAUCAACACUUCGACCCUAUCUAAGCAGCUGCCAACGCUUGUAAUAUUUAAAGAUGGCAAGGCAGUUAUGCGUCGGCCAACUGUUGAUUCAAAGUCAAAACUUGUCAAGUUUAACUUCACGAUGGAGAACGUCAUUAACGAAUUCGACUUAAACAACCUGUAUAAUGUACUGAAAAACGAAAAGAUCAACAAGCGGGAAUCGCAGGCGCCACAAAAGUCAAUCGGAGAAAAGAAAGUCGAGUAGAUCGUCGUGGUAGAAGUCACUAAGGCAAAUUUAGCUUACUUAAAUAAUGAUAGUAGCUAAGUAUCAUAUCACGCUAGUAAAAAAAAAAA